AUGGUACACCACUAUCUGCCCAUCUCAAUAUCCAACCGGACAACUGCUACGAUUCAAGUCCAUUAUGAGCCAUCUUCAUCCAUGGUGUCGGAAUACACAGAUUCAAUUGGUCCCUUCCAGACGACGCCAACCAAAGCUAUUAAAACGGACUUCAAGCUUCAUCAUCUCGAGAGCGUAAUAUCAAUUGAUUUGGAGGAGCCCACAUUGGUCAAAGUUCAACUAGUGAAAAAGCAAAGAAAGAUACUUCGGCUUCAUGAUCAAAGUAGUUCGGCUAGUAGUGCCACCACCACCACUAAUGAUAAUCAAAACACUUCAAAGAAUAACGAAAGACGUCCUAGUAGAUCUGCGGGCAUCAAAAAGAAAUUAACGGAAACACUUCUCAGUAAAGACGAUCAUAGCCGGAAAUUCUUUAGAUUAAAAAUUGAUUAUUACUUGAAUUCUCAACCCCUCAAGUUGCGAGACCAGAAUAUCAUAGAAGAGCAAGCUGAAGUCGACGAUGGCCAAGUAGUAUAUUCAACGGACGUGUUCACAGGCCAAGGCGAAGAAGUUGGACAUCAAGGACCGCGAGGAAAGACUGCUGAUACCUUUGAAGAUCCAUCUGAAGAAGCGAGCGGGAGUCCAGUUAGCCGUCGGAACAGCUAUGUCCAGCCGCCUGGAAAGAAGCUGUUUAUUCCCAAAUUUGAGAUUUUCCAAGCCAUCUCCCAGGAUGGUUCAGUUUCGAUCAUGAUUCUCAAAAGCCGGAAUUUUUCUAACUGGAUGUCACAGUUGCCAGACCAACUACCCAUCUCUGAAAUCACUAUUCCCGGCUCACAUCAAAGCUGUGCGAUCUAUGGAUGGCCAGUCGCACGGUGUCAAACUAGAUCAUUAGCCAGGCAACUGAGAGACGGAAUACGAUUCUUAGACAUUAGAUUAGCAUUAUCGACAAAAAAGAAGCAGAACCCGAACAGCAAGAUGGGCGAGUCUGGCAAAUUGGUGGCAUAUCAUGGAAUCCAAUCUCAAGUGAUUACAUUUCAAGAAAUUCUGAGGAUUCUUAACGACUUCUUGCGCGAUCAACCAACAGAGACAGUCAUAGUUAGUAUAAAACGAGAGAGUAACUCAGAUACUGCUUCUGUGUUCAAGAAAAUUUUGCUUGACGAGUUUAUCGGUUUUUAUGAAUCGGAGGAAAACUUCAAAAGUCAUUGGUGGCUGAAAUCUUUCCUGCCUCAUUCAUUGAAACAAGCCCGUGGAAAGUUGAUACUCUUCUCCAGGAAACUUUUCCAAGCUGACGGCGAAGAAGAUUUUGGCAUCCGAUUCCCAGUUUGGCCUAACAAUUCCAACGAAAUUUGGGAAACAAGUAUUCCCAAUACCAAUGUUGCCGUACAAGAUUGGUACGAUAUUGGAUCGUGUUUAUCGAUACAUAAAAAAUCGGCACUAGCAUGCGUUUCGUUAUGUGGAGCACUACAUGAACCCUUAAGAAGUACUUCAUCGCCAGUACCCUUAGCGCAGCCGACAACUGGCGAUAUUUCUACUUCCAGAAAUACGGCAGUGCCAUCGGACGAAGGAGAGGGAAUAUUGACGGAGUGCACAGCCCACGAAACUGUAACGUCGAAUGAAAACCCUAGAACUUGGGUGAUCACUUUUCUUUCGGCGUCCUCACUCUUACUAGGAUUUCCAUCGAUUUGCUCGAGAGGAAUCGGAUUCCCCAAAGCCGGUUUAGGGAUCGAAGGCAUUAAUUCUCGAGUUGCUCGAUGGCUCGUUUCUCGCAGGGACCACCACCACCAUCCCGGUCCCAAUGUCAAUGCCACGAGUAGUAGUAACAUCAAAGGCGUCGUUUGCUUGAUGGAUUUCUAUCAAUCCCCCAAAGAAUCUUUGGUUUGCUUACUUGUAGACUGUAACUUUAUCGCUUGA